GAGAGAGAGACACAGAGAGAGAGAGCUUGAGCUCUUUAUUAAUAGAGACCACCAGCUCCACACAGAUAAAGCAGAAUGAUCCAGAUCUGUGACGAUAAACUCCUCAUCUUUAACCUGCUGCUCCUCAUGUCAGUCUUGGCAUGUGAGACGAGUGAGAUCUUGACUUUCACUGCACAUGAAAGAGGGAAAGUUGAGAUACAGUGUCCAUAUGAGUCUGGAUAUAAGGAAUAUAAGAAGUAUCUCUGCAGAGGAGAAUGUCUAAGAGUGUUUAAAGAUAAAGUUGUUGAAUCUGAAUCAGCAGCUAAAGACGAGAGAUUCUCUCUGAAUGACAACAAAUCAGCUCAGAUCUUCACCGUCACCAUCACUGAUCUGAGAACAGAGGAUCGAGGCAAAUACUGGUGUGGAGUUAAGACAGGAGUUGGAAAUUUAGAUGACUUUACACAGAUUCAUCUGGAAAUUAAACAUGUGUCCCGAGUGUCUGGUGUGACUGGAGAGCAUCUGAAUAUUAUAUGUCAUUAUGAAAGUGAACUGAAGAAUGAUGUCAAAUUCAUCUGUAAAGAAAGCAGCACGUCUCUCUGUGAGAAAUCAGCUAUCAAAGUUUCAUCAGAGAACAACAGUAAUGGACGAUUCUCUCUGAGAGAUGAUGCAUCUGCAGGAGUUUUCACUGUGAACAUCACUGAUCUGACAGAAGAGGAUUCUGGGAUAUACUGGUGUGGAGCUGUACAGAGAGGACAAGAGAGCAAGAACAAGUGGAUUUCAGUCACUGAUCUGAACAUUUCUGCUGUAUAGAAGUAGUGAAGAUGCUGAACACACAUCACUGAUCACACGAGAGCUGCUGAGUUUCCUCCACACCCUCGACAUCAGUGAAGCGUCAAUAACAGCUGUGUCAGGGGGAAGUACAAGUGUCACAUGACCUUUUGCCACUGACCAUAGAAAUGAAACUCUGUAUAUUUAUUCUGAAAUGCAUGCUCAGUAUAUAAAAAGCAUCUUAAAUAGUUUCUGUUGUCAUCAUAUCUAGAAAUAGCUGCAUGGGCUGUCAUGCAUUAAACCCAAUGAUUAUUUGUGUCAGUUACAUCAGAGAUGAUGCCAUCUAAACCAACAACAACAACAACAGCUUCAUUCCACACCAGAAAACCAGUGACAGCAGAUACUGCAUCUGACAAAACCAACACAUCUUCAUCAUCAUCAUUACCACCACCAUCAUCAGCAUCAUCA